AUGGUCGCUGACUGGUCAUUACCAAUUUUUGAAAUUGCGGAGAAGCAUCGGGAAACUGUGCUUAGUCGGCUUACCUACACAGUGUUCAAGCAAGCCGAUCUAUUUCGGAUAUUCAAAUUAUCGCCGAUAAAAUUUUUCAACUUUUUCCAUGCUUUGGAACGAGGUUACUGGGACAUUCCAUAUCAUAAUCGGGUUCAUGCCGCCGACGUUUUACAUGGCUGUUACUAUCUAACCUGCCAUCCAAUACGACCACUCAUAGGUCCUACGACAUCACCAGAUUCGCUGCUCCCUCCACCGCUUUCUCCAGCUGCACCAAUUUCAUCUAGUAUGAGUACUUUAGAAGCAAUUCUGUACAACGACCGCUCCGUUUUGGAGAAUCACCACGCUGCUGAAAGCUGGAGGUUACUGCAGUUGAAGGAAAAUAGUUUUAUUGAAACGCUGGAUCCUGCGGAAACGAAACGAUUUCGAUAUCUCGUUUUGGAAUAUAUACUUGCUACGGAUCUGAAGCAACAUUUUGAAAUCAUCAUGACUUUCAACGAGAAGAGCAGCGAAAUGGAACUUUUGAAUGAGUCGGAUCGACUUCUCAUGGCGAAGAUGAUAAUCAAGAUGGCAGAUAUAAAUAGUCCGACAAAACCUUAUGGCUUGCAUAGGCAAUGGACAGAACGAAUUUGCAAAGAGUUUUAUGAACAAGUGAGUGUUUUCUUCAUGAACUGGUAA